AUGCAGAUGAAGUUGAAAAGCUCUUGUGUCAACCGAGAAUUCCUGACUCCAAAGGGUCAGGUCGUUGAAUUACUUGUGGUAACGCGCGGCAUUUCAAUUUCACCGCGCUGGGCAAAGAACUUUACGCUGAUGAAUGCUUUGGAAGAUUCGGAUGCUGUUUCUGCAGCCAGCCAAGCUGAAGGUUUCUUUGGUGACGCGGAGUCUCCGGCCUAUGAGCCUUCUGAACUUGAAGGGGGCCCGGAAGGGUUUGCGGCUGGUGCUGAGCUUCUGGAAGAGAGUAGCAAAAGAAGACGUUUCAAAACUGCUGCCGAAGGGGCAAAGGACAAAGAUUGGCAUUUAGAUCAAUUUCCCCAGGACGGAAACUCUCAAGCUUUGUGUAUUCAUUUAGCGCGCGCGCAGUUGCAGGCCAUGCCGAAGUUGCCAUGGGAAACUUCGCCUGUUUUUGGCCCUUGGGGAUCACAAUUCACUCAGCCUUUCAGGUACCCAGUAGUUGGCAGGUUUGAAGCAAUGAACGGGAUUGCUGCUGCUUCUUCAUCCUUCAGACAGACGCAUGCAUCAAGACCAGAGUACAUUUUGAGACGUCUUCGCCUGGCGGGGCUUCGCAAGACAGAAGACUCAGCCAGGCGCGGGGCCCUUCUCAAGCUUAGGUCCUUGAUUUUGCUGGAUCCAAUCACCACCAACCUCGGCGCCUCGCUCGUGUCAGCAGCGGGCACUCUUGUGGAUGAAUCGCUGGUUGCUCAAAGCUUCGCCGACGCUUUUGCGCCCAAAUCCACAAACACUCUCACAAAACGAGUGUCUGCACUGUGGCGCUAUGGGAAGUGGUGUGAAGCAAAGCAGGUGUCACCAUUCAACAUCACCGAAAAUGCGAUCUAUCAAUACUUGUGUUCACUUCGCAGUGAGGGAUCAUCACCUUCAGCACCUUCCAGCUUCUUAGAAGGCCUGGGAUUCUUGCAUGGAGUUGCAGGGAUAAAAUCACUGGGCGACAGACCGAGCUUCUCUGGAAGGUGCAAGGGUCUUGCGAGAGAUGAACUCAGGAAAAGGCGUAAGAGGCGACAAGCUUCGCCCCUGUCAGUGUCUAUGGUAAGGACCUUGGAGAAGUUUGUGCAACAGGACAGAUCACACAAGGCACUCAUUGCAGGCCACAUUUUGUUUGCAGUUUUCUCCUGCGCACGUUGGUCGGACACUCUUCAGCUUGUGGAAAUUACUCAAUCUUUCCAAGGGCGAAUUGUGUUGAUUGAGACAGCAACAGAGCACCAUAAAUUAUCUACAACUGAUGAGGCCCGCACUAUGCUUCUUCCGUAUAUCUGCUUGGGCCAGUGCCUAGAUAAGGACGGCGAGUGGUCCACCCAUUGGCUACAUUUGAGAGCCGCCCACAAAGUGGGGAGGCCUUUCAUGCCAGUGGCCAUGCCGUCAUGGGACGACAAGAACCAUUGCUUCACUUCAGUGCCUAUGUCAUCCAGCGAGGCCACCAUGUGGGUUCGUGAGAUUCUGGAGACCAAUGGCUUUUCAAGAGAAGAAAUGUCCAAGAUCACCAGCCAUGCCUUCAAAGCGACGCUGCUUUCCUGGGCAGCGAAAAGCAACAUGUUCAGCAGGAGCCAACGAAGACAGAUGGGCCAUCAUUUAGACCCAGAGGACCGGUCUAUGUUGCUGUAUUCUCGUGACUCAUAUGCUGGGUUGGCAGUUGGCAUACGUCGCAUGCUGGAUCGCAUCGUUUCUGGCAAGUUCAACCCUGAUUUGUCCAGGGUGGCGCGGUUGAGUGCUCCGCCGGAGGGCAUUGCUGCGGAUGAUGUAGAGAUUUGCAUGGUGCACACCCUCUCUGGCGUAGUCCACUUGUCAGCUUCCGACGCAGUUUUCAACCGGGAGACACAACUGCCUGUUCCCAAUGCUGUCAUUGACGUUGCGAACGUUGUCGUUGAGGCGCGAAAAACACUAAGCGCGGUUACCGGCGGUUACCUGUUGUUCUCGCUUUUCUUCUUCAUCUCGGAUCCUCCCAAGCAUUCUGUUGUUUGUGCCAGUCGAAUUUGA